AUGAGUUGUUUAUGCUGGGGAGACGCCGAGCGCACACAGAAGCUCAAGCAGGGGCUGAGCAAACCACAACAGCUCCAAGUGAGCACACUCGCGUUGCUAGACACACACAAGAAGGAAAGUGACACGUCCUCUGGAGGCCGAACGAGCUGCUCCAGCCGCGACAUCUGGGACGACGACGACUGCAGCGACGACGGCUCCAUCUCCAGCAGCGGCUCGGGUAGCCCCUCGCCCGUCUCCAAUAAGGCGGUGACAGAGCCUUUGCAGCUCGCACUCGAGGCCUGUCAAAACAAUUGGAGGAGCGAGCACAAGACACAGCCACCGCUACCGAGCGGAUCCCCGUCGAAGUACAGGAUGAAAGAUCAGGAGAACUACUUGAAGACGCUGCGAACUGCUGCAUACGGACUGCGUCGAGUCAUGCCUAUUGUGGUCCCGGCGGAGCUGGUCCCCCCUACCGAAUACGAUCUGCGCAGUACCAAUGGUCUUACGAAAUGUGUCAACGCAAUUGCGCCAAUGCCAACCGCGGAGCAAAUGAGUGCCAAACAUUUGGCAAUUAACGAGUUGCAACGAGUUGUGGAUAUUUGGCUCCGUCGCACACUCGACAAAUUGGCAACUGAUAGUGAAACCAAGUCAACUGAAACUGCAACACUGUUGCUGGGUGGCAGUUGGCACCUCAAGGUAGGAAACGCCGAAUCAGACCUCGACGUUGUGGCCUUCAUGCCACACACGGUAACUGCGGAAAUCUUCUUCAGCUCGUUGUGCGAACACCUCGGACAGGAAUCAUCCGUCUCGGACCUUGUUGCUCGCCGUAAAGCCGCCGUCCCUGUGCUAUCGUUCCAGUUAAACUCUGUCCGGAUAGACUUGCUAUUCGCUCGGUACGCACAGCAGCAGGCCGUGCCCAAGCACUUGCCGUUCCUGCCAGGAGACGACAUGCAAGUGAUGCGUGGAAUGGACGCAACUUCCGUCCGUUCGCUGUCUGUUGCUCGUGUGGCUUCGCUUAUCCUCGAGCUGGUACCAAACGCCAGUGUGUAUCGAUCUUGUCUGCGUGUCAUUCGCCUCUGGGCGAGACGUCGCGGUCUCUACUCCAACAAGGCCGGUUUCCUCGGAGGUAUUUCAUGGGCAAUCCUCGUGUGUUUUGUGUGUCAAAUGUUUCCUCGGGCAAGUGUGGCGUCGCUUGUUCACCGGUUUUUCUCGGUAUUGGCAACAUGGCGAUGGCCUACCCCCAUUCUAGUGGCACAUCCGUCCAACGGCGGCAAAACUGACCAGGAGGUUCAAUGGGAUCCGCAACACAACAUCCACGACCGAGCACACCUCAUGCCGAUCAUCACGCCGGGCUUCCCUGCUGUCAAUACUGCAGUGAACGUCAACAUUUCCACGUUGCGUGUGCUACGCGAGGAGUUUGCUCGUGGCCAACGCAUCAUGGACGAUCUACGUCGUCGUAGUCUCAGUCACCCCUCGUCUUGGAAUCAGCUCUUCACACCUACCGAGGUGCUUGUUCGAUACGACCACCAUGUGGCUAUCGAGUUGCGUGCGCCAAACGAGGAAGCUUUGGCCGAGUGGUCCAGCUUUGUUGCCAGUCGAACACGGAAACUAGUCGAGACGUUGCAACACACGCCGUCCAUCUCGGCACUUCAUCCUUUACCUGACCUCGUGCGUGCUCAAGGUCAUGAAACAGACGAGAGCGACGCAGUGGUCGGCUAUUUCUUUAUUGGUUACACUGUCAACGUCCCCCCAACGCCACAGCCUCGUCGAGGUGAUCGGAGACAUUCCGCUCGAUCUCCUGUCAUCACCAAGAACAGCCAAGAGGAACUGGCAAAAAACUCGGUGGCGUCGGCAACUCGGUAUUUCCUUGCCACGGAGCUUAACACUGCAGCCGAGAAGAAACCAGGCAUGCAAGUCGACAUCAACUACCGCUCUUGGAACGACCUGCCCAGUGCCAUUUUCCCUGGCGGCCGCAACGCUGCUGUCGGUGACCGAGCGAGGUAUAUUUUGAGUCAAGCACAUCACGUCAACCUUGCACUGGGUUUCGCUCGCUAG